AUGGAAUUUGAAUACUCGCCCCGGCACUCUCCAGGCAACGCAGCCCACCUGCUGUCUCCCGGUCACAUACAACCCGGCGCAAUCGACGGCUACGCAUCCAUCCAAGAGAUUCGGCGCUCGCUUUCCAAGUCCCCGUCCAAACCGGGUCGCUAUUCCAUCCCUACGAUCAGCACGACCAGCUCUCCACCCAAUUCCCUGCUCACAGUCUCCCGCGCACACAGCGCAGGCUCUGCCACCGAUCCUGUCCCUCGUCCAAAGUACUCUGUUCGACGCACAGGCUCGGCGCGCCCGUUGGUACGCAGGACAUCACCCAACAGUCCGUUGCGCCUCGCCUUGACCGAUAACAUCAGCCAAGCGAAUGCACACCCGUCGCUCUCCCGGAAGCCCUCUGUGGAGGGUGAUCAGGAGAACAUGGACUGUGGAGGUGACGGUCCUGCGACCACCUCCGAACCUAACCUCGACUCAUUCGAGAAAUUCGACUUCCUCAAGCCCGACAAGCUACUCCAAUCGGUGAAGAAAGAGGACGUGUCGCCAAUCAGGUCGAGUCCGCUCAAGCGAAGCGACGGCGUCAUGGAUCUCGAGGCCGCGACGUUCGAGAGUCCGCCGGUCAAGCGUCGAAGUCUACAUGGGCCUUCUUCUCUAGGAUGCGACUUCAACGUCUUCGACCAAGGCUCCGAUCACUCCCAGAGCGAUUCGGCCGAUUCCGCGGAGGAAAAGGACGCCCAGGGACCCGCAUACUUGCAGGCACCCUCUUCGACACCAGGACACGCGCACUCGCCUCAGCGCCGUCCGAUCGGGCUGCGCAAGUCCACUCUGCAACAACGAAACGCAACUGGGAGACCUAAGCUCCACCUCGAACCCGCAAGAGACUUGACUUUCAGCCCUCUGCUCAUUCGUACGCGGCCGAGGAUGUCAACGGACAGCACCUUGCCGUUGCGAAGCCUCGAGUCAGGAUCUCCAUUCCGUCGGAGCGGUGCAAACGAGCCGCCUGUCCUCUUCCCUCCGCCAUCUCAGAGAGCGUAUCAGUCCGCGCCGAAACCGCAUCCCCUGUCGCACGCCCUGACGCCCUCCUCGUCAAAUGCAUCCAGCGUAGCUGAGGACCAUAGCCAGCCUUCACAGCGGUCCAAAGUCGCUACGCACCACCCACCGAAUGGCGCCUCCCACCUACCUUUGAGCUUUUCAAAGUCUCUACCGAUUGGCGCAAUUCGGUCGCAACAUGGCUCCGACGCUCAGUCCAGCCAGGGAUCAUCCCAGGGAUCUUUCGCGACUCCCGAAGGAUACAGAAUGGCCAAGCCUCUGCCUCAAGCGUUCAUGUCCACAGGAUUGAUCUCUAAGCGCAAUCGUAACAUGGACAUGCAGCCAGAGAGUCUGUACUCCAGCACUCACAUGCCCGACACGCCAUCGAAGAAGGCUCAUGUGUUACUUCCGUCCUCCCCAGCUCCUUCGUCGGUGUUGGGCGGUGGAUUGGCUCAUCCGAUGCACGACUCCGGUAGCCCUACCACGCCGUUCAAUGCUCGCAACUCGAUCGUGUCGGUAGACGGAGUUGGGAAAGGACUGAGUAUAUUCGCGGCCAGAGUUGGCGCACCGCAACUGACUCGAAGUGGAAGCUUCAUCAGCAUCGAUGGGGAAGAUGUCAACACUUCGCCCUCGCACCAGGAAAGCAACUCCAGCAACGAUGAUCUUCCACCAACACCGACAAAGUCUACAUCGGCAGCUUCACGCCCACAGUCCAAGGGUAAGAGUAACAGUCUACGCAGCAGUCUGUUUGGCAGGAGGACCGAAACGCAUGAGCGCGGACCGAAGCUGUCUCCACACACGCCCCAGGAGUCUUUCCACGAGUCUUUCACUCCUCCAGAUCCCAGCAGUCUCUCGAUCUCCGCUGGACGUCGACCGCCACCAAUCCUGGGGAACAGCAUUAGCUUUCCUCCGGCCACGCCAACGGGUCCAAGGGAUCAGCACUUCAAUGGCAGUCUCGGCAUCAGCCACGCAUCGUCAAGCUACUUCUCCAACGAUGUCGAUACUGCGUUGACCGCCCGGUUUGGCCACAUCACUACGCUCGGCACCGGCGAAUUCUCCCAAGUGUACCGCGUGGAGGGCCAGUUCAACGUGACUCGCACGCAGAACGGGAACUCGGCGAGUCCUGCGGGUCAAGUAUGGGCGGUGAAGAAGUCGCGCAAGCCGUACGCAGGCAACAAGGACCGACAGCGUAAGAUGCGCGAGGUGCAGAUCCUCAAAGCCAUGCGCGGACACGAACACGUGGUGGAACUGGUGGACGACUGGGAGUCGAAGAACCACCUCUACAUUCAAUUGGAGUACUGUGAGAACGGCAACCUCAAGGACUUCCUGACGCAGACGGGCUUCAAGGGCCGGCUGGACGACUUUCGCAUUUGGAAAAUCCUGCUCGAGAUGGCACAGGGUGUCAAAUCCAUCCACGACUCGAACUUCAUCCACCUCGAUCUCAAGCCUGCGAAUGUCUUUAUCGACUGGGAAGGCGUGCUGAAGAUUGGCGAUUUUGGUCUGGCGAGCGAGUGGCCGGCACCGGCGGGUCUGGAUGGAGAGGGCGACCGCGAGUACAUCGGACCGGAAGUGCUGUCGGGUUGCUUCGACAAGCCCGCCGACAUCUUCUCGCUCGGCAUGAUCAUGCUGGAGAUUGCGGGGAAUAUCAUUCUACCGGACAACGGCACAUCAUGGCAACGCCUACGAGCGGGGGAUAUGAGCGACUUGCCCAGUCUGACGUGGAGCUCCGACAACAGCCUUGUGCGCGACGAGUCGGGCGAGCCCAUUUCGACGCCAAAAGGCAACAAAGACGCCGCAGCGAGCGACAGCAACAAUCUCUCACCCUACGAGGACGACGAAGACGAUCUCAGCUUCUUGCGCCCCGUCGCGGCGGCGAGAGGCGGCGUCGGGCGCAGCGGCGAUCUGGUCAAGCCACCGAACUUCAUGGUCGAUCCGCAUGAUGCCGAGGCGCUGGACAGCGUGGUGCAGUGGAUGAUUUGCCCGCGUCCUGAACAGCGGCCUCUCGUGGAUCAGCUGAUUGCUGCGGGCGGCGUGCAGUGGGUGGAGCGGAGGCGAAGGGCGGGCGCGACGGUGUAUGAGGGGAACUGGGGGCCAGCGGACGAUGUGUUGCACUUGGAGCAGGAUGUGGAAAUGGUGGAUAUCUGA